AUGAGGUCAACUUCACCGCAUGCGCUACCGAUCGGGACUUCUCAGCCACCUAAAGAUGACCAUGCUGUGAGUGCGUCACUUCCAACGUGGCAUUCAAUUGAGAGCUGGUCACGACGAGAGCCAUGGGUCGUGCAGACAAUGACAUCUGGAUAUCCAAGGCUUUUCGUCAACACCAUCAUACAAAGUCUGAGUAGUGCGGUGCUGCAAAGGCUUGGUAUGAAAGACGGGAACACAGGUUGCAUGGUUCUUCCCUCAAAGCCUGCAGCACAGCGAUUGAUCGCAAGCUUGGAGAUUGGCAAUGCGAAGCACUACGUGUCCCCACGCAUUCUCUUUCACUCGUCGAAAGCACAACAUGAUGAUGCACUUCACUGGGCAGCAUUUCAUGUUGUACUUUACGCCACCGAGCUGAGCACCGAAGCCAUGGCAUUUUGGUGUGAGACGGGUGACGGCAUUUCUAGUCGACAUGCGCAGUAUGCCCUGGAGAACUUCGAAUACCUCGAGUCGCAAUCUGAGGUUUCGUCCUUGUGCACACGUCCGAGAGUUGACGAGCUUUGUGCUGGCUCUAGAACCACGAUCCUGCUUCCCUCGUUUGAUACUCGGGCUGGAGAACUCGCUCAAGUAAAGGCUGUGCUAGCCGCCUGUGCAGUUUCAGAUGACCCGUCUCAAGAGCGGAUAACUCCGUCAGACAUAUUUCUCUAUUCAAAGGGGCUCUGUGGAAUCUUCGCAGUUUCACGGUCUCUCGUCCCCGGUGACUCCGUGGGAAAGUCAACAGCUGUGAUAUAUGGAUGGCCAUACGGCGGAACCGUCAAGUGCGUGGGGCGCAGUGGCUGGGACCAAGUCAUACUCUAUGGAAAAGGCCUUGAUACGGACCUGGACGAUCUGGAGCAAAAGCUCCGGGACGGCAUGCGAAUUGAUGUUCUGUUCUGCGAGCUACCCAGCAAUCCACAACUGGCAUCCCCAGACCUGCACCGAAUCCGGCACUUGGCCAACCAGUACCAAUUCGUUGUGGCAUGCGACGAAACUCUGGGAACGCUUAUCAACGUGGACAUCAUCCCUUUUGUUGACAUUGCCAUGACAAGCCUGACCAAGAUCUUCAGCGGAGCAGCAAAUGUCAUGGGUGGAAGCGUCAUGGUCAACCCACGGUCACCUUUCCAUGCACACAUCGUUGCCCGCCUGAAGGCAACAGGAGGGGACGUGAUGUUCCCAACCGACGUGAGCGUUUUAGCGUCGAAUUGUGUCGACUUUGAAGAACGCGUCCGCUAUUGCAACCAAAGUGCACUGGCCGCCGCAAAUCUUAUUUCCAAGCACGCUCUGGUAUCACAGGUGAAUUAUCCGACAAUGGUUCCCACACGCCAUCUAUACGAAAGAUACCGUCGUCCGACUGGAGGAUACGGGUAUGUUUUGAGCAUCAUAUUCCACRAACCACAAGCCGCCGUGGCAUUCUAUGAUGCUCUUGAUGUUUGCAAAGGGACAAGCAUUGGUGCAAACUUCACACUUGCAGUUCCUUAUUCACAGCUCGUUCACUUUCGCGAGCUUGAAUUUGCUGCGGCCCAUGGAGUAUUCCCGCACAUCGUGCGCAUCAGUGUCGGGUUGGACGAGACCUCCAAGCUGCUGGAUCGAAUCAGGAAUGCUCUUGCUGCAGCGGAGGCUACUCAAAACUUGGCAUUGGAUUCAUAG